AGGAUAAAUCUCUUCCCAGACUUGUGACACAGCAUCAACAAUAGCUGAUGAUGUGGCACAACUUUUUUUUUUACUGGCAAAUCAGAAGAGGGGCUAAGGCUAUUAUUUUGCUUUGCCUUCCCACAAGGCUCCUCACCACAAAAUAUGGCUUAGAGACAUCUUUUGUUCCUCCAGCUGUGCUGGGUUAUUGCUCAGAUGAUUUCAUCAGCACACUAAGUUGCUCCCCUCUACAACUUGAGCUUCCCAGACUUCCAAAGAGUAAGUUUUCUUGAGUACAACAUACAAUUUUAAAUAUGGGGAUUCUGAGCCAGCUAUCGAUCAUUUACCUCCUCUGGGCUGCUAUGGUCUUUUGUCAAUAUGAAGACUAUGAUUUUGGGGAUGAAUAUGACGAGGAGCCAGAUCAUCAGCAUUCCUAUUAUUUUAAUCCAAGCCCACAAGCUGAAGUUCCCCGCCUUCCUAUUCCAGUCCAGUGUGCCAGAGAAUGCUUUUGUCCACCAGCUUUUCCACUAUCAAUGUACUGUGAUCACCGUAAACUUAAGAUGAUACCAAAUAUCCCUGCUCACGUCCAACAACUCUAUUUGCAAAACAAUUAUAUUGAAGCUGUACCUGCAGGACCGUUCACUAAUGUUACCAUUUUAAGAGAGAUUAAUCUCAGCCACAACAAAAUUAAAUUUCAUAUGAUUGACCAUGGCGUUUUUGCCAAACUGUCAAAUUUAGUGCAGCUUCAUUUACAGCAUAAUGAAUUGGAAGAAUUUCCAUUCCCACUCCCAAGCUCUCUGGAGCGACUCCUCCUUGGUUUCAAUAAGAUUUCUCAGUUAUCCGGAACUGCAUUGGAAGGAUUACCAAACAUAACCAUGCUUGACCUUUGCAAUAACUUUCUUGAUGACUCCGUACUCAAAGGAAAACCCUUUUCAGUCAUGAAAAAUUUAAUGCAAAUCAACUUAUGCAACAACAAAUUAGAGACUAUGCCUCCUGAUCUACCAUCAUCACUUAUGUAUCUCUCCCUUGAAAAUAACUCGAUUUCUUAUAUUCCAGAAAACUAUUUCAGCAGACUUCCAAAAAUCAUUGCUCUAAGAAUGUCCCACAACAACCUGCAGAGCAUUCCAUACAACACCUUUAAUCUACCUAACCUUUUAGAACUUAAUCUUGGGCAUAACAAAUUGAAACAAUUAUUCUACAUUCCAAGAAGUCUGCAGCAUUUGUAUAUUGAAGACAAUGACAUUGAAAUGAUAAAUGUUACUUUGAUGUGUCCAUCUAUUGAUCCAAUGAACACCAAACAAUUAACGUAUAUACGGGUGGACCAAAAUAAGCUAACAACUCCAAUGAGCACGUAUGCCUUCUUCUGCUUCCCUCACAUUAGAACCAUUUAUUAUGGUGAACAAAACAGUAACGUCAACAAGUCAACUCAGCUAAGAACACCAGUGUUUCGCCGAUUAUUAACACCGGAAGAAUAUGAUGAAACAGAAGAUGAUCAUGAAACACACGAUCAAGAAACUGAAGAAGAUCGUGAAGAAGAAAACAACUACUUUUAUCCUUACUUUCAGUGAAAACAUCACUGUUAAUGAGUAUAUAUGGAAACUUUUGCUUACUUGCGGGGUACUUGUGUCCAUUUCAGAACAGCUGGAUAGUUUGGGGUAUUUAAGAUACAUUUAUAUAAAGUGGAGAUAUAUGAUUUCAGUGUACAUAAAGAUGCCAUUACUGGUGUAGUAAAAACCAUAAUACUGGUAGCAAAGUACACUCAUGUCAGCAUUAAGUAGCCGUCUGAUAUAUAACCUGAGUUAAUGAUAAACUCAUCUGCGGGAUGGCAGUCUAAGCAGAAGAAAAGUGACCCGAAAAAAUUUUGUAUGUUCUAAUGUGAUUCAGCUUGCAAAAUGAUUACACCAGAUCAACAUCAUACUCAACAGGAACAUGUGGAUAAUGACAAAAAUCCGUCCAGCUAGACAUUUGACUAUUAUUCUACUAUUCUGACAGCACUAGAAAACAGACAUAUUAGGGAAAAACAUAUGUUACAUAUGUUACAAAAACACUUUCAGGAGGUUCCUGCACAUCUUCCAGAAACCCAGAUGUUGCUUCUUUCAAUAUCUAGAUGGACAGGAAACUCCCAAACUUGGAGUUUCACAUCUUCUUAAUAUUUGUUUCCAGUGUUUUGCCAAGAUAUAUUAUAAUACUUAUUCCUCAGCUUGUACCUUGACUGUAACAAGUCUUUCAAAGAGGAGGGGAUUUUAGUUGUUUAAUAAUAUAGACAAUGAACAACCUCUCUUCAGUGAUCUUAGGAUGUGCAUUAAUGUAACUCUCAACCAUCAGUAUAUAAGUUUUACCUAUACUUAAGAAGGCAUUGCAAAUGUAACACUUUUUAAUUAGAAUUGCUCAUCAACUAGAACAGGCACAAGUAGUGGCACUCCAGGCUUUAUUAAGACCAUCCCUCUGCAUAGAUAAUACCAGUAAGAUAUAUUCUGCUUCAAAGUAGAAAAAAAUUGCUUAAAGUAACCCACAGAAAAGUGAUAUAUACUGUUUGAGCUAUGAACGUUUUUUUGUUACGUUACAUGCCUAGAAAGAGUUGCAAGUCACUACAGUAUAGGAUACUAUUACAGGGCACUUUAGCCUUUUUUUAUUAGUAGUAUUAGUAUUAAUUAUCCCAUCCCCCUACCCCCUUAUUUUUUUUAUUCAGCAUUUCAACUCCUGAUAAAUCUUUGUUAGCAGUGAGGAAGAAUCACCAUUUUCAUAAGAAAAACUAGUAAGUGCAAUAAACUAUAUAUCAUAUUCUCAAUGUUAUAUUAUACUUUAAGCUUAGGGAAACUAAAAAUGCCACAUAAAAUUAUAAGCAAAUUUGUAUUAGAAUUUCUAAGAAGUUAGUCAGUUUUCUUUCUUAUAAGAUCAGUUGUGUUUUGAAGCCCUUCUUGGUAUAUUUUGGAUUCUGAUACCGCAAUUAAUAUACUAACAAAUGAAAAAAAUCAGUCAUGCAUCUAUAUCUUUAAAAGGAGAGAAAUUCCUCAUAAGCCCAUGAAUAUACCCCAGUGUUUAAGAACAACUGCUUAUAAAGAUUUAUGCAUACAGAAUUUAUUAUAUCAUUAUCGACUCGGAGUCUUAUGUUAUCUCACUUAAGAAAUCUUCUCUCUCCUCUAUCCCUUUUUCUCUUGCAUUUUACAAACAGAUAUAUUCAUGGCAAAGUAUUUUUAUGGUAGCUACACAUAUUUGUAAAGGUGUAAUUAGAACUCUGCAGAAUUUAUCUUCCUUUAUUAAAAAAAAAAAAAAAAGAUUAACAUUUAUCAGCUUCAAGAACCUCUGGCUUCCUUAAGGAAGGAUAUAUAAAUGUAUUCAUUAUAGUAUUUAAGUGCUUUCAAAAAUGUAUGUACAUUAUAUAUACAAAUUUAAAUAUAUGUAUGUAUGGUUUUAUUAAUAUAAACUUAUAGUAUAUUAUCCUUAGGGUAUUGUUAUAACUUUUCAUCUCUUUCAGAUUGUAAGUGUAAAUGAAUAGCACACAAAAUGCAAAUCUAAACAGAUUUUUUGAAAGUCUUGCUCAACCUUAAAAAACACUAUUCAAAUAUAAUAGCAUUAUAAAUCUUUUAUCACAAACUUUCUGCUUAGCUUUAUUUUUAAAGUAGCUUUAAAGACAGACUUUUAGUAACUAGUUACAUGUUUCUUGAAGUUUAAACAUAAAUCAAACUGAUAAUAUAGCUCUAAAGUUUUCAGUAAUUAUUACAUUAAAUUCAUUCAUAUAGAACAUGAAAAUUGUAUUACAAGCAGAACCAUCAUAAUUCAUAUUUCAAUCUAUUAUAAUUAUAUCCUGUGUGGUAAAUACAGUGCUAUUUUUUAGAAAAGAUUUCAGGAUGGUCAGGGAACUAAAGACUUGCUACCCCUAUGUCUAUAUUAGAGAGACAAGUUAUCACGAAGUUCAGAAUUGAUAGCUAGAUAAAAACAGUUGACAUUGGUACGAGUGGACAUGGCAUCUGUAAAAGGAUGUUCUACCUUGCAAAUCUCUUGGAGUUCAUGUGUACAUGUGUACAUGAAGGGUGUGUACAAGAGUGAUCCUGGUUCAAAUUGCCUACCAUCGAUUUCUGAAGAGUUUUUGAGGAAAUCAAGGUGCCACAGAAUGAGAGGUGACAGCACAGACAAAACCAAAUAAAAUAUCAGAAAGAUUAAAAGCAUUACAGUU